AUGCCACUCACAAAGGAGGACCUGGAAUACCGUCGGGUGGCGCGCCGCCUCAUUCGGUUUGAGGCUCCCCGGCUCCCGGGCGGCCUUACCUCUGUUCCGGUGGCUCCAGGGGCCAGAACAUUACUUUUAUUUGUACUGUUCAUCAAAAACCGCAAGUGUAAACCAGGUUUCUCAAAUGCUCGUCUAGCAAGGUUACUGGUGGUUGCGCUGGAGACCGGGCGAGGCCGGUUGGCUCCUGCAGUGCCCUGGCCGGCACAGAAGCGCCCUGGCGGAAUCCGGCAGAGGAUACACGCUUUUCCCCCGCGCUGCCAAAGGGCUGAGCAGCAAAGAGGUCCCCAGGGGCAUUGUGUGCAAGCCGGCCCGGAGAUCGUAGGCCCGGGGGGCAGCUCCAUCGGAGGAGACAAGACACGCCUCAGACCGGGCAAAUUCCCGGCCUCCUCUGGCCCCGAGCCAGCAGUCGCCGCCCGCCACCUCCUCGCCUCCUCUGCUGUUGACCCAGCCGCCCCGCCGGGCCCCGAACUCGCCGGCGCCUCGGCGCUCGGCCCCUGGGCCCACGGCCCUGGCGGCGCGGUUGGGACGGGACCGAUGUGGCGCAUGCGUGGUGGCGCCACCAGGCGCGGGACCUGCGGCAGCGGGGGCGCCGGAGACAGCCGCGGGCAGGGCCGCCCGGGCCGCGUUUGUGGGGGUGGUGGAGGAGACGGCAGCGUGGGCUGGCGAGGCCGUGCCGGCGGCGCCCGACAGCAGCUGGAGGAGCGGUUCGCCGACUUGGCCGCGAGCCACCUGGAGGCCAUCCGCGCGCGGGACGAGCGGGACCGGCAGAACGCGCGGCUGCGCGAAGAGAACGCCCGGCUGCGGCUCGAGAACCGGCGAUUGAAGCGCGAGAACCGCAGCCUCUUCCGACAAGCACUGCGGCUCCCCAGCGAGGAUGGCGACGGGGCGUCCGGGGAGGUGACGAGGGCGACCCUGGCGCCCGAGGAGCCCGGCACAGACCGGAGGGCGAGAGGCGGCGGCCCCGAGGAUGAGCCGGGCAGCCCCAGGGCCUUGAGAGCCCGGCUUGAGAAGCUGGAGGCCAUGUACCGCCGGGCCCUGCUGCAGCUGCACCUCGAACAGCGCGAGUCGCGCCCGCAUGGAGACAAAGAGGAGCCGUCUCUGCUCAAACCCGACUCAGGCCUCCAAUCCCCCGAGCCGCAGCCCUCGGAGCCCUGGCUGUAACCCGAGGCCUCAGCCUGUGGGGGGCGGGGCCUCACGCGGGCCCCACCUCCUCAGUUCAAGGCUCCCCCAGCCCAUCUCUCGCCAGAGUCUUGCUCUCCAGCCUGCUGCCUAGCCCAGGACAUUUCCCCGGGCGCUUUGAGGAGACCCUGGGAGGCUUAGAAGGGCGCAGGGCCAUUCACGUGUACAGAGCACCUGUCAAUGGCACCUGCUGGUUUCUGAGAAGAGAGGCCUAGCACUGGAAGGGCAAGUUUAUAAAACAGCAGGAAAUGGGUGCCAGUCAAUACUUCCUAAUGUCUGAACUUUUCUGAGUAUUGUGAGAACUUGUGUGUUUUUUUCCUGUUUUGAAUAAUACAUUUUGAAUUUAUUGAGUUUGUUGUUGAUUCUUUAAUCCUCUUAAGCCUCCAGCCAUUCUCUCUUACAUGGCCAACACUUUAUCUUUUUUUAUGAGUUGGUGUUACUUGGAUAUCCUAUAAAGUACCAUCCUUUUAUGAAAAAGGUGAUGUUUGCAAUUUAGAAACUCCUAUCUGCCCCUAGCUCUAGUCCUUAUAAUCUAAUAUAUACCAAUCUGUUUACCCACCACUUCCUCUUCACCCUGGGAAUUUUUAAACCGCUUAUAAGUAAUUCUUUGAGUUGGUAAAUGAAUUUCGUGCAUUAAAAAACAAACAAAACUUAAAGCCAUCCCAUGAUUGUUAUUUGAAGUGUGUUAAAGGUUUACACGUUCCCUUAAGAAAUAUAUAUGUAUGUAUAUAUUAUACAUAUUUUAAUAUCUGAACUUGGUUAUGCUUUAUAAACUUUUUGCUUUAUGUAACAGUGAUCUUUUAAAAUAAUCUAAAAAUUAGUCUAAAUAUUCUUUUUUUUUUACAUUUUAGACUUGACAUUAGAGUACAGCACAAAGCUACUUUGCCUAAUGUUAACUAGUGUUUAAAAAUUUUUAAGAAAUUAUGAAUUAUUAGUAUAUCAAAGCCCCAAAACAAAGCGCUUUAAGUCGCAACUGUGAUUUCAACACACACACAGAGUUCUAAAUGACAAAUAUUCUAAAAUCAGUUCAUCAUGUUUGGCUACUAAUGAAGAAGAUACCAUUGUCCCUGGUAAAAAUCAUUGGUUUAAGAGAGUAUUUAAGUGGUUGAAAACACUUCAGUUUGAGAAGGAAAAAAUAUGUGUAGGAAGAGUUUUCGUUAACACCUAGGAAAAAAAUCAGGAAUUAGAGUUUUUGUUUUAUUUGUGGCAUGUUCUGAAAGUUUCACAGCAUGUAUUAUAAAACAAGUUACUAGGGACAAUAGUUUUGUUCUUUUUCUAAUCCUGGGUAUUGAAGACAUUUUGCACUUUUUGCUUAAGGUAGUUGAUACUUGUAAAGAUUAAAAUCCUCCCGAUGACCAAGAAAUAAGGAAAAGAAACUUGAUGAGAAUAAGUAGAUAUAUGAAAAGUAUUUUUGUCCCCUUUACUUCAUUUUCUAGUAGUGAAAGAAAACAGUUUUUAGGGACAGUAGGAAUUGAAGAAUGGGAAAAUUCGUAUCAGCCCUACUGCUACUUAACUGUGAUUUGAGGUAUAAAUUAGUUAAUCUCUCUAAACCUUAGUUUUCUCACCAUUAAAAUGAGUAUAACACCUAGUUAAAAAUGUUAUAAAAAUUUUAUUGAGGUACAGUAUCUCAAUGAGAUUUAUAAUUCAAAUUGCAAAAGUCACAAAUGUAUAUUUUGUUGAAAAUUUGCUUGCCUUCUAUAUUUUGCUCCUAUAUGUCUUUAUGGGUAUUUAGUAGAUAUGUAUAUUUUGAGUGAAUUGACAUUUAGCUCUCCUUAUAAGCAAGCAGGAGAGAAUUUGCUAAAGCUCUAUGUAAUAAUACAAAAAUUUUAAAACUAUUUCCCAGUUAUGGCAACUGGCAAUUUAAGCAAAACUGGCAAAAGGAAGCAAAUUAGGAGUUCCCUGGUGGCUCAGUGGGCUAAGGAUCUGGUGUUGUCACUGCUGUGGCAUGGGUUUGAUCCCUGGCCCAGGAAGUUCUGCAUGCUGAAGAUGUGGCCAAAAACAAAUAAAUAAAUAAAACAAAAAAAUGAAGCAAAAUAUUUAAUUUACCUAGUUUUAAACACCUAUUGUAUUAAAAUAAUGUAUAAGUAUGGUAAAAAAAAUUUGCAAAGUAAUGAGGCACACACAUACAAAUGAGGAAUUCUUUUGAGCAUAAUUCCUGAAAACUCUUAAAAAUUCUGAAACUCAAAUACCAAGAUGAGUUAAGGCUAAUACAUAUUUCAACUUUGUUGAAUUUCCUCACUGAUAACUGAUAAAGCAUCGUGUAGUAAUAUAACAGAUGUUUUAUUAUAUCAAAAUAUACACCUGUUUGAGAAAUAAAGUUAAAUUAGAAAAGUUUGAUCUAGGCUCUAGUUUGAUCUGAAAUAAACUAAAACAGCAUAUUAUUAUACCUUGUUACAAUGACAUUUUAUUUUCAUAACUUCACAUUUGUUGUGUAAUAAAAAGAGGGCUUAUAAUUUAUAGAAAUGAG